CUCAUAAACGUGACGUAGUUGCCGUACAGUUGACCUACCUUUUCGUUGAACGCGCGUUUGGCCGGACAAGGUUUUUACGAAUUAGCAAUCAUCGUGGAGUUUCUACUCGGAAAAGUGAGGGAUUUCCUCACGAGCACAAUGCCCCGCUCACAUCACAGACCACGAUCCACUAGCAGGUAUUCCAAUCACUACAGACACAGAAGGAGAAGGCGGACGCCUUCAAGGCAUUACUACGAUGACGAAUAUGGGUCACAUAGGUACCGGUCAAGGAGCCGGGAUCGGCGGCGAGAGCAUUCCCAAAAUUCCAUGGCUUCCCGACGGCAGCACUACUACGACCCCUACCACGAGUACGACUACAGGGAAUCCCCGCCCAGAGGGGUGGUGUACUACGAGGAUGACUACUACAUCCCCCGGGAAAGGGAAGAGCCGAGCAGCGACUGCCGCCGGAGCAGCGACUACCGCCGGAGCCGACGCCACAGGAAGCACCGCCGCCACCACUCGCACAGUAAAUCAUCAGGGAGAAGAGAAGGGAGGCGGAGUCGGAGUGCAAGGGAGGAAGGGCGGAGUCGAAGGGAGGAGGGCAAGGGUCGAGGCGUGAUCGAUGACCAGGACGGACACCUCGUGUAUCGUCCAGGGGACAUCCUGCAAGCAAGAUAUGAGGUGGUCGGGACGCUAGGAGAAGGAACGUUCGGGAAGGUGAUCGACUGCAAAGAUUUGCAUACAGUGAAUACCCAUGUAGCAUUGAAGGUCAUUAAGAACAUAGAGAAGUACACCGAAGCUGCUAAACUAGAGAUUAACGUCCUGACGAAGCUACUACACAGAGACCCAGAAGGAAAAAGCUUGUGUGUACGUAUGCUGGACUGGUUUGACUACCACGGCCACAUGUGUCUCGCCUUCGAGGUUCUGGGUCUAAGUGUCUUCGAUUUCUUGAAAGAGAAUAACUACCUCCCAUAUCCCAUGGAUCACGUCAGACACAUAUCCUAUCAGAUGUGCUACGCCGUCAAAUUUAUGCAUGAUAUGAAGCUUGCCCACACAGACCUCAAGCCAGAAAAUAUCCUCUUCGUUAAUUCAGACUACGACAUUAGGUACAACCCUUCCAAGAAACGUGACGAGAAAACAGUCAGGUGCUCAGACAUCCGUCUAAUAGACUUUGGCUCGGCGACAUUUGAGCACGAACACCACAGUACCAUUGUAUCCACAAGACACUACAGGGCAUUAGAAGUAUUACUAGAGUUGGGUUGGGAGCAGGCAUGCGAUGUGUGGAGUAUAGGAGCCAUCAUGUUUGAGUUAUACACCGGCUUUACGUUAUUCCAGACUCACGAUAACAGGGAACAUCUGGCGAUGAUGGAGAUGAUCCUUGGCCCCAUGCCGUCUUCAAUGAUCAAGAAAACAAGGAAGCAGAAGUACUUCUACCGUGGCGGCGUGGACUGGGAAAAGAACAGCUCAUCGGGGCGCUACGUCCGUGAGAACUGCAAGUCCCUGCACCACUACAUGCGCUCCUCACGCAACACCGAGGAGGUCCACUUGCUCUUCGAUCUCAUCCAGUUGAUGCUGGAGUACGACCCCUCAAAGAGGCUCACCCUCCAAGAGGCGCUAGACCACCCCUUCUUUGACGAUCUACUGGGUCACCAGAGACUACACUCGCCCCUCCGGAAAUCGCACAGCCUGAGCAGGUGACAAGAGGCAGUUGUGUAUCCAUCCAGAGUCAUAUACAUGUGAAUAUAUAUGCAUUGUGAUGGCUGUCCAGAGAUGCGGUAACUAGCUGUUGAAGAUCCAGUGGGAACGGAGUGUGAUAAGACCCCUCUGGAAAUUGCACAGCCUGAACAGGUGACAGUAGGCAGUUCUGUAUCCAUCCAGAACAUGCAUUGUGAAAAGUGUCCAGAGAUGUGACAACUAGCCGUUGUAUAUCCAGUGGGAAUGGUGUGUGUUAACAACCCCCCUCUGGAAAUUGCACAGCCUGAGCAGGUGACAGUAGGCAGUUCUGUAUCCAUCCAGAAUCAUAUGUCAAUAUGCAUUGUGAUGACUGUCCAGAGGUGUGACAACUAGCCGUUGUGUAUCCAGUGGGAAUGGUGUGAUAUAACAACCCCUCUGGAAAUCGCACAGCCUGAGCAGGACAUCAGGCAGUCACAAUGAUAUAAUCAGAGUCCUUAUAAUUAUGUGAAUGUGUGUUUAGCUGGACUUCAAAGACGUACAAAUUUGUUGAACUUAUAAAACUUGCAAUGCGCGCAAUUGCGUGUUUCCCAGUUGGCAUGGUGUGUGAUAAAUACUGUUUAAGUAAUUUUUUCAAGCCAACAGAUGUCUGUGGUAAUUGCACUGCCUGUUCAGCUAAAGUCCAGACGACCAAUUGUGCAUGUGAAACAAACGAUUGUCAAGACAUCCACAUUGCGGGCCAUCUGUAACCUACUAGACAAACUAAACAAAUUUUACCGUUGGACAGCUGAUGCCACGCACAGCUGUUUGCAGUAGUCUCAAAUUACACUUUUGAUUUUGUAGUUAUAUAAUUUAUGUUCUGUGCUUUAUAUACACGUAGCAGAAACCUUCAUCUCUAAUGUGGAUUAUUUUAUGUUGUGAUUGAUUUAAGGAAAGAGUUCCAUACCUGGACAUCACUUGACACCCUGUGCACAAAAUCCAUGAGAAUGGUCUGAAAAAUUCCAAGUGUUUUCUCAGUAAAUGCUUCAGUAUUUUCCCUGCUAAAUUUGAGUUUUUAGGAUUUGUUAUCACUUUCUAAUGGCUGAAUGGGAAAAAAUGCAGGGAAAAAAUAGUGAUGUCCAUGUAUGGAACUCUUCCCUUGUUGAAAUUCAUGGUGUCAUAUUUCACCUUUUUUUUUUUUUUUCGUCUUUUUUUCUUUUUUUUUCUUAUUUAAAAUGUUGUGGCCAGUAUUUCCUCUCACAUUUUCCUAUUUUGGUGGUGGGUGAUUAUUCAGCCAUAUUUUUCUGUUCCGUCAAAAUUGUUGCUUAUUUGUCUCAUAGUUUGUACAUAUCCUGUAUAAAAAUAGGAACAAAACUCUAAAAUUGAUGGAAUAUUACCAAAAAGGUAUUUAUCCGCCCCCCCCCCCCCAGAAAAAAAAAUUCCUCUGUACUUCCACAUUUGUAGAUUCUCUGUAUUCAGUCAACGUAUCCUGAUUGAAUCAAAGACGCCAAUUUUCAAUUUUGGUUGUACGUAAACUUCCGUGCAGGGAUUUGAAAAUGUUUUUUAAAUUGAGCAUUAUUUAAAAUAAAAUGCACAAAUAUAACUUAAUAUUUAUUGGAACACGCGAGUUCCCUCUUCUGUCCUCUAGGCAUUUACAUGCUCUCCUAAAAUAGUUACAAACUUUCUCGCAUGAAAGUGUUUAGAAUUUUCAAAGCCCUUAAAGAGGGGAAAAAAUGAAAAUUGAGAAAUUGGCGAUUAUUCCUUCUUCCAAAUUUGGUACUCGAAAAGACACCACUUCAUUUUCGAAUGCAUUGUACAUGUAGUCAUCCUUUUUUAGAUACCAGUUUAUAAAUUGUUUCACAUUAAAUUGUUUAGUUCAAAAUGCAGGGUCUAACAAAGUUUAACUUAUAAACAAUCUUGAAGUCAUUGCAAUAGUGAGCCUGUUGCUCCAAGUCUGUAUUGACAGGAUUAUGGGAGGUGUAGACAGAUAUGUGGAGAAUUUUAGUUUGUUCAUUUGAAAAUGUGUAAUGUUUAUCAUGAAAUACUUUUCUUUCUUUUUUGAAUUAUGUAAGCAUCAAUGAACUUCUGUGCAUUACACACGAAACGAAAUUCAAUUUGUCAAGAAUAAGGGAAUUUUUUUUAAGUGUAUAAAGUUGUUCAGAAAAUUAAUUUACUGGACACCCAAAGAAAAAGAAAUUCCCAAAGCUAUGUGUUUUCAGUGUUAUGCUGCCGUAUUGAGAAACUCAUUAUUUAAAUUUGCGAAAGUAAAUGUACACUUUGUAUGCAAUGCGUUCAAUGUUGAAAGAACACGGGCUGUGUACAGUAUAAAGUCAAAUUCUUUGAAAGAAAUUGACACUGACAAUAAUAAAAACGACAAUUUGAAUUUUUAAA